AUCAGCAUUCAGCAUUGGUAUUAUAGCACAUGCGUAUGCGCACUGCAUAGUGAAUUUCGAUUGUGUCAAAGUCAAAGUCACAGCAAUAAGCAAUAAAGUAAAGAUGGUUGCUAAAAGACGAGGGAAAAGGAAAAGUGGCUCAAAAGACUUACUAUUCGAAGUCAGUGACAAUGAUGUAUCCACAGAUGAUUCUGAAACUGAGUGUAAUGGACCAGAAAAGAAAAUUUUAAAGACUGAUUCAAAUUUUAUUGAGUCUGUGGUAAAUGCUCUUUCUAACCUAGAAAAUGAGAAGAAAGAAAAAGAAACAAACUGCUCCAAAACAGAAGUUAUCGAAAUUUUAGAUGAAAGCAGCAAAGGGAGCGAUAAAGCUGGUAAUGAUAGUGAUAAUUCGAUAAUAGUUGUAGAAGAUAAGUCUUUUGUUGAGAAUGAAGAUUCUGCUAAUCAAAGCACCCAGAAUAAUUCAGAAUGCACUGCAUGUAUCCAAGACCAAGACGACGAUUCACCCUUGGUGAUAUCACGGACUUUUAUAGAGUGUUGUGACAGUGGUAGUCCAAAUAAAGUUGAAGAAGCAGGCUGUGCGAAUAAAGAAGUUACUGAUGUAGAAGAUGGAGAAGUAACAUCUGAAACCGAUUCACCUGAACCAAUAAUUCAAAUCAGUUUUAGCACUAAAAGCAUUAGUAAUGUGUACAAACAGAAGAUUUUGGACUUCGUAAGUUCUUGUACUGAUCUAAAGAUAUUUAAACAAGACGAUCUCUCUAUUACUGUAAAACCUGAAGAAGGAAAAGUAAAUAGCGACUGGAUUACUUUAGAUGAGACUGGCAUAAACAACACUAUUGUUGAAUCUUGCACUCAGGAAAUUAAUAAAGUAGAAGAGUCAACAUCACGUAGCCCACCGAAAAAGAAAAAGCGAAAAAAGGCGAAGAAAGACAAAGACUUGUUUGUGUUAGAUACAGAGCCAUCUCAAGAACAGAUCCAUACCACGAAAUACUCUAGUAAAUUUCAAAUAGAUAUUAUUAAGGAGAAGGAGAAUGAUGAAAAGAAAGUCAGAAUUUCUGCUCAGACUUGCUUUAAUUGUGACCAAGGACAUGCUCUUAAGGAUUGUCCAUUACCGAAAAAUUAUAAUAUAAUCAACAUGAAGAGACAGCAGAUGAAAAUGAUGAAGGAAAAACAGUCAGCUCGCUACCACCUCGAAGAAGAACAGAAAUACGCCCACUUAAGACCCGGUAAAAUAUCAGGUAAACUACGUGAGGCUCUGGGCCUAAAACGUAACCAAUUACCUUCUUACAUAUAUCAGAUGAGGGGACACGGCUAUCCCCCCGGAUGGUUGGAGGAAGCUAAAUUUGUGUACUCUAAUUUGACGAUGUUUGACAGCGACGGGAAUAACGUACGACCAAAGAACAUUAAGAAGAAUCAAGGUCUCGACACCGAGAAGAUUAUAGAAUAUCCAGGAUUUAACGUACCUAUGGAAAAGAAUUGUAAAGAUGAAUAUCGACAGCAUCGUGUACCACCGUAUUCAGACCAAUUUAGUAAAGCAGCGAUGAUUGAGUUCUUUGAGAAAGAAUAUUCAAAACAACAGGAUGACUUUGAGACUCAAGAUAUGGAUGUAGAUGAUGAAGAAAAUGAUACGGCGAUGCGCCGUAGAAAAGUCUUGGAACAAAGUAUUCCAUCACCGUCGUUAGUUGCCUUGGAAAAAGAAAAACAAAACCUUUUGGAAGCCCUAGACGACAGUUCAAAUUCCAAUCUAAAAUCAGACAUUGGCGAAACGUCCACCACAGAACAAACAGAAGUGGAACUACGUCCGCCAGGUAUUGACAACUCAACAUCUGAAGACUUUACAAAAGUGCCUUCCAAACUAUCUACAUCUUCUGUCUUAGAAGAUUCUCAAGAAACGCCAGAAGCUGAUGUCACGCCUGUCAAUAAAAAAGUUAUUCACAGUAACUUUGGCACCCCCAUAUUGAAAAGUUGUUCUCCUUAUUCUAUCCUACCCAAUCCCGAUAAUUUUAUGAAAGACGUAAGUCCAGUUAUCAAUUUCGAGAACUUGCCCAACUCUACAGGUACAUACGAAAAAAUGGUCGGUCUUCUACAAAAAGUUCGAAGUACCAUGAAAAGUUUUCCGAAGGACAAUUCGUGAUAUUAAAAAUGAUAAUCAUCGUUCCAAUAAGUACAAAUCAAUUUUUGUAUAGUAGAGAUUUGUGACAGAAAAUUAGUUAUAUUUUUCAAAAGCGAACGUUCUUUAAAAUAUGUACAAAUUUGUAUGGUUGGAUAAAGUGUUAUUCCCUUUGAUUGAUAUUUGUGAAUUAUAGAAGUUUAUAAAUGUAUCGAGGCGUAUUUGAUUAUCCGACGCUAUGUUCUAUGUGGAUACGAUGUUUGCACUGUUAAUUUGUUUCGUAUAUUAUUUAUUAACAAUUUAAUAACCUUUUAAGACGCAGAACUGAAAUUUUUGCUUUUAAGGUGAAUAUGUUUGAAAACUAUGAAAUCAAAGGGAAGGUUAUAAGGCACCCGAAAACGUAAAUUAUCUUCAAUUUUUUUCUUUUAUGUGGUAGUAAAUAUUGCUACCAGUGGGUGUCUGAGCAUUUACC